AUUCCCGAGAAUGUUAUCUCUGUCACUCUUAAUUUGAUACAUUUGAUGAUGUGAAAUUCGUAUCUGAAUUACUAUUAGAGAUUCCCGAGAAUGUUACAUUAUUUCAAAAACAUUGCUUGAACCAAACACCCUUAACUACAAACAAGAGCAGAGGGGAAAAUAUAUAGAAAUUGCAGUGAUUAGUUUUUGGAACCUUCUGUCCAACAAAAACUUAGUCAAACUUUGCUGUUGACAAGACAUUAACUUUCCCAUGAUUUCCCCAGACAUUAUUUUCUCAGAACAAAAAGAAAGGACAGACCGUCAUAGCUUAUUGACAUAGACUGAUAGACUCACCCACUAGUCAACCACUAAAACCAAAUCCUGUUUAGUUCUUAUAAGAAAAGAUACAAUUCAUUGACUUGGCUUUAUCUGUUUUGGUCACAAUGAUAAUAUUCUUUUUUAGUGAUUCUAAUAAGAAUAACUGCUAUGAUCACAAUGGUAAUAGUUUUUUACUACAUUUCACAUCAAGAAUGAUUCCAAUAAGAAUGGUGCUACUUUGCACAGGCUAUGGAGUGUUUGAUGUCCAACAAACACUAAGCAAUGGCCAAACAAUACCUGCUAGUGCUAGUUGUUUUCUUGAAUUUCUUUGCUUCUUUAUGUUGUCCUGAUGAUCAACAGGGAUUCCUUCUCGAGUUCAAAUCCGCCUUCCUUAAAAGUGUGAACUCGUCCUCUUCAAACGAAAUCUUUGUUUAUGGAUUAGAGACGUGGAAUUCCACGUCUGAUUGCUGCAGUUGGGAGAGGGUCAUAUGCAAGCCCCGCGGAAAUUCAAGAACUGUCACGGGUCUCCAUCUCGAUUCUCUUGUGGCCACAACGCCAUCUGAGGAGCCCGGGGUGGUGGUAAACGCUGCGGUUUUGACACCCCUUUGCAGUAUAAGAUCCUUGAUGCUGCUAGACUUGUCCUCCAACCAAAUACAGGGAGAAAUUCCAGGCAAGGCAUUGGGAAAUCUGACCAAUUUGGUUCACCUUGACCUGAUGCAGAACAACUUCAGUGGCUCUAUUCCUCCACAGAUCUUUCACUUCAGGUACCUGCAAUAUCUUGACUUGAGCGGUAAUCAGUUAACCGGGGAGUUGAGUCCCGAGAUUGGAAGUCUUGGAAACCUGCAGGCACUGAAGCUCGAUGAUAAUCUCCUUGGCGGAAACAUCAGCAUGGAGAUUGGAAACCUUAAAAAGUUGCAGAUAUUGUCUCUCAGAAACAAUAAGGUUUCUGGUGCAAUUCCAGUGUCAAUACUCAAUUUAAAGGAGCUGCAAGUAUUAGACUUGAGGGAAAACCAUAUGACAGACGAAAUUCCAGCCAAGAUUGGAAGCUUGUCCAAUCUGACAACUCUAGCCUUGAGCAAGAACAAGUUUACCGGCAUAAUCCCAUCAUCAAUACACAACUUGAGCAGGCUCCAGACUCUUCGGCUCGAAAACAACAAUCUCACAGGAGAAGUUCCAUCCUGGUUAUUCGGCAUCAAGUCUCUGCAGGAUUUGUUUCUCGGUGGGAAUUCACUGAAAUGGAAUAACAAUGCCAGGAUAGUGCCCGAGUGCAAGUUAUUGCAGCUCUCUCUUCAAUCCUGUGGCCUCGAGGGAGAAAUCCCAGAUUGGAUUUCGACACAGAAAACUUUGGGUUACAUGGAUUUGAGCAGGAACAACCUCAGUGGAACAUUCCCACAAUGGCUUGCAGAGAUGGAGGUCGGGAGUAUCAUUCUGUCAGAAAACGAUUUCACAGGUUCUCUUCCUCCUCAGCUAUUCAAUUCCAGAAGUUUAUCUAUUCUUGACCUUUCAAGAAACAGAUUCUCAGGAAAGCUCCCAGACAAUAUUGGAAAUGCUACUGCCAUUAUGUUACUCAUUUUGGGUAACAACCAGUUUUCGGGGACAAUCCCUGUUUCCCUCUCGAACAUUUAUCGUUUGCUGUUGUUGGACUUAUCGAAAAACAGAUUUUCUGGUGAUACAUUCCCAGUUUUUGAUCCCAGUGGCUUACUUGCAUAUGUGGAUUUAUCCUCUAAUGAUCUUUCAGGAGAAAUCCCUCUAAGCUUUCCUCAAGAAACCAGGAUUCUUGCCUUGGGAAACAAUAGAUUUUCUGGAUCAUUGCCCAGAAAUUUGACUAAUAUGAGCAUGCUUGAACAUCUCGAUCUCCAUGACAACAAGAUCAGUGGAGAACUCCCCGAAUUCAUCACCCAAAUGUCGUCUCUUCGCAGUCUAAAUCUGAGAAACAAUCUCCUCCGGGGCUCAGUACCAACCGGCCUGUCCAGAAUGGAAAAACUCCAAAUCUUGGACUUGUCAGACAACAGCUUCACUGGAAAAAUCCCACAGGAGGUAGGGAAUCUGAUGGGAAUGAUCAACACACCAACGACAUUUUCAUCGCUGUUGGACUUGUUCACUUUCAAGAUUGAGUACACAGACUUGAACGUGAUCUGGAAGAGAACGAUCCAAGGGAUUUCAUCAGGCGCUGCCAGUGAUAUCUAUUCUUGGUUGGACUUGUCAAGCAACAGAUUUUCAGUCAAAAUCCCGCCAUCUUUAGGCAACCUUAAAGGCUUGAAGAUGCUGAACAUGUCCUUCAACAGCCUGUCUGGGACAAUCCCCUCGAGUUUUGGUGAUCUCGAGAGCAUCGAGAGCUUAGACUUGUCCCACAACACCAUCUCAGGCUCAAUCCCACAAUCUUUUGUGAAGCUGCAAGCACUGGGCACUCUGGAUGUCAGCAACAAUCGCCUCACCGGUAAAAUCCCAGCAGGUGGACAGAUGGACACCUUCACUGAUCCAGCAUAUGCCAACAACAGUGGACUCUGUGGGUUCCAAAUUCAGGUGCCAUGUCCACAGGACUUGCCACCUUCAAGUCCAGAAGAACCUGAGACCAUGAAUGUAUGGUUUGUGUGGGAAGGAAUGCUGAUUGGGUUCCCUUUUGGUCUGUUUUUAUCAGUCUUUAUCCUGUUCCUCACUGGCUUUUUCAUCCCCAAAGAACCCACAGAUUCCAGCCAGCGCCUCCAAAGAACACCAACUCAGAACAGGAGCAUUUUCAGUAGGAUGUCUGUCUGAAAGCAAUAGUUAGAUCUGCAUUGCAAACUGUUAGUUUAACUCUCUGUGGGAGUGACUUGUUGACUUUGAGCCGGUCAGCUAUGGGCAACUUAAGCUAGUUUACAUCCUUAUAGUUUUUUGCCGGCUAUGAUCACAAGACGGGAUUUACCAAGUGCACAUGCUCAGGUAGUGAUUCUGGGUUUCCUAGUCACUCAAAAAAGAUGACAGAUGAUGAGAGGAGGCAAUGUGCAUUGCAGAAGCAAAAGCAUCCAUCUUUAGCCAAGAAAACUACCAAAAAUAGAUCCACAAGUAAAAGAACAAUGCAUAUGAAAGCUAGUGAAAGGAUAUUGUAUAUAUAGUAAUGCUAUCAUGACUAGGUACAAGGUAUUUGUUCUGUUGUAUUCUUAUAUGUUCGAGAGGGUAUUGGCAAUAAUAUCUUUAUGUAUUAGUUGAAUUA